AUGGGGCCGCGAUGGCUGACCACGCUGAGUCCAGCAAUUGCGGGCUUGGCUGGCAUCGCCAUCGGAAUUUUGCUGGAGCGUUCCCGCAUAAGAAGCCGCAACAAAUCCUCGCAAUCCUCGCGUGACGUUGUCAACUCUGGCGAGGAUCUGCGUGUGGACCGCGUAGAACUGGAGUCAGCCGUGGCAGCCUGCUUGGAGGCCACGGGCGCUCCGAGCACUAAAGCCAGCCUGGUCGCUCGAGUCCUGGUGGCCGCAGACUGCCGCGGCAUCCCAUCGCAUGGGGUCAAUCGCACGGAGAUGUACUGUGGAGAGCUGAGGGCAGGACUCAUCAAUCCGUCCGCGAUGCCUCGCGUCUUUGCUGAGACUGCCAGUGCUGCCAACGUGGAUGGGCAGAAUGGAUUGGGGGCGGUUGUCUCAGAAUUUGCCAUGCAACUGUGCAUCAGCAAAGCCAAGACUUCAGGCAUAGGCCUUGUUGUGUGUCACAACAGCAACCACUUCGGCAUUGCGGGUUACUGGUCUGAGCUUGCUUUGAAGGAAGGCCUGAUUGGCUUUGCCUUUACGAACACAAGCCCGUUCUUGGUGCCUACCCGUGCUUGCAAGCGUGCGGGAGGUACAAAUCCAAUUUCCUGCUACUGUCCCGGCACAGGUGACAGCUUCCAGCUCGACAUGGCGACAUCGACUGUGCCAGUGGGAAAGAUUGAAGUCUGCCAUCGCAAAGGUCAGGAGAUUCCAUCUGGUUGGGGUGUCGACAAAACCGGAUCUCCAACAAAGAGCCCAACAGAGGUGCUUGCGGGUGGAGGUUUGACUCCAGUGGGAGGACUUGAGGAAACCGCUGGCUACAAAGGGUACGGUUUGAACAUGAUGGUCGAAAUUUUGUGUGGUGUUCUGAGUGGCUGCAAAGAUGUUGGCCCUGAUGUUCCUCCCUGGAGAGUGGAUCGGGGUCGGCCGGUGGAUUACGGGCAUUGCUUCAUGUGCAUCGACCCAGCAAAGCUUCUGCCAAACGGCGAGUUUCAAGGAAAGCUGAGUGCAUAUUUGGCACGGAUGCGAGGCCUAAUGCCCGGCGAUACCACGCUGCCCGUGUUGGUCCCUGGUGACCCAGAGCGUGCCGAGGAGCUGGAUGCAGACACGCAAGGAGUCCGACUCAAUCUCCAAGUGGCACUGGGGCUAAGAAGCCUGUCGCAAGAACUCGGCUGUUUGAAGGCCAUGCCGGUGCAGAUCCAGAAUCUACCACAGGAUGAGAAGAAAGCCAGAGUCCCUCCAGCAGAGAAGCCUCCAUGCCUCCAUCAGUCCAUGCAAGCCUUGAGUACUCUUUGCAGCAGCAAGUCGCCCGAGUUCGAGAAGGAGAGCUGCCUGGACGCGGGCGACGCCGGCGAAGCCUCAUGGCUGCAGCGCAGCGCCAAGCGCAAGAGCCUCCAGGAGGCAGAGCGACAUAGAGCGGAGGCUCUUCAGAAUGCAUCGGCCCAGGAGGACAAGCAGUACUGCGACUCACACACGGGCGAGAAUGCCCUCGUGUGCAUGCGCAAAAGCGCAAGAAGAUGCGUGGAGCUUCUUGCGGAGGUUGUUACAUUUUCCUUGUUGAAAGGCGGCAGCUGUCGCUUCUGGAGCUGCUCGGCAUCCCGGGGUCCCACGAGCUGCACAGCCUCCGAGUGCCGCUGCAAGCCUGGCUACUGUGCCGUCAACGGAGUUUGCAAGGAGCGCACAGCCCACGCUGUGGACACCUGUGGCAGACAAACGGGGGGAACCUGCGGAAUGUUUGACUGCUAUUCUUACCGUGGGCCUGUGGACUGCGUGGACCACCAGUGUGUUUGUAAACCGGGGUAUUGUAGCGCGGACGACGGCAGCUGCCACAAGCCCAUGAUGCCGAUCAAAGCCCGCGUGACAGCCGUGAACUCCAGAAAUCCGGUCUUUCCGGAUGCCCAGGCUCAUAUCCGAACUGGAGUUUGCUUCAGUGGUGGGGGCUCGCGCGCUCUCUCCGUGACCCUCGGUGUGCUGCGUGCUUUGGAGAGUUUGGAGCUCAUUCCUCUCGUUGACGCUAUCUCAAGCGUCUCGGGUGGAACUUGGGCAUCAUCGAUCUACAUGUUUGCAAAGGACGUCUCGGUAAAGGAAUUGCUUGGCGAGGACACGGUUCCAAACGAUUUGACCCUGGAGCGGCUGAAGCGCCAGCCUCCGCGCCUAGCUGCCCAGAUCAUGUGCCGCAUGUGCUGCGAAUCUUGCGAGGCACACUCCUACUCGAACCCCCAUGAUUUGUGGAUUGAUGUCUAUGCGAAAGCCGUCCUCGAGCCCUUUGGACUCGCAAACAGGAGCCAGUUCAUGGCGGCGAAUGAGGCCAGCCUUCAGCGAAUCCUCACGGAAAACCCCUUCCUUCAGCGGGAGCAGUUUUUGGUGCCCAACCCGCUGAGGCCCAAGACGUACAUCAUGGGCGGCACAGUUCUCGCUCCAGUGGGCUUGGAAGCCACGGAGAAGAGUGCUGUGUCUCUGCAAAUGUCUCCAGACUAUACUGGCUCUCCGUUCUAUCCAGAGGACGAGCUCGUUCAGUACGAUGGCUCGGAUACCCGGGACUUUCUCGUGGGGGGUGGCUUGGUGGAAAGCUUUGCAUUUGGCGGCUCGGCACCGAUCACUGCACAAGGGCAGAUGGGAGGAAGCCAGGUGGACAUGGAGGCACCACCAUCCCCGUUCAGCCUUGCCGAUGCUGUGGGAAUCAGCAGCGCCGCUUUUGCGUCAGUGCUGGUGAGCGCGACCUGGCCGCUCAAACUGCUGCUGAGUGAACCUUGCCCUCAAGUGGGAGAGUACCUGCCGGUCAAAGACUACUGGCCGGUGACGUCUCCCCAGUUCAAGAAGUGGAGGUCUGCCAUGAAAUAUGCCCUCGGGGAUGGUGCUGAGACUGACAACACGGGCAUGCUGGCGCUUCUGCAGCGAAAGGUUCCCAAGGUCGUGGUCGUCCACAACACCAACGUGGAGCUCUCGGAGGAGCUUGACUUUUGCUUGUUUGACAUCACACAUCUGGAGCUCAAAGGGAAGGUCUCGAAUGACUUGCUGGACAAGUUCGGCUAUGUUGCUGAGAAUGCAGGCGAGUAUUUGGUUCACAACCAGGUCUUCGAUCGCGGUGAGCUGCAGUCGCUUCUUUGUGAGUUCCAGAAGAAGCGGAAAUCUGGAGAUGCUUUGGUCGCGCAGCGAGAGCUGCAGGUCAUGGAGAACAAGAAGUGGGGCAUUCAGGGCAACUGGAGGGUGUCCGUGAUCUUUGUGUAUCUGAACAGUUGCAAGCGAUUCGAUGUCAAUCUCCCACCGGAGACACUGGAGGAGGUGCAGAAGGGCAGUGCCAUCCUUGGUGGUGACAUGACCUUGACCUUUCACAGUUUUGUAAAUCUUUUGUCCGCGCUGGGAGAGUACAUGAUCCGCCGAUGCCCUAAGCCGCUUUAA